ACCUUGUCUUUGCGUGUAAUGAAUCAUGUACCAGUUAUGCAAGAUAUCGUAGUCGGCAAAACCGAAAGCAGAUUCAAAUCGAUAGAAACCGAAUUCUACAGCCAACAUAGCCGAAGCUUUGCACGAUCCGUAUUCGCACGAAUGGCAAGGGCUGAAAAAUCUUUGCCUGGUUAUUAUGGACCCCGUGGAAUGCAAAUCAUCAUGGAUUGUUUGACGAAAGAACUAUCGAAAUCGAACCACCUGACAGCAGCAAAUACAGCCCCAAUGCCACCAGUUCAGUUUGUCCAGCAGAUUCUUAUUCCGGAGACGGCCGCACGACUUAUUCAAGAAGAUAAGAAUGUUUCUUACGACGAAGCAUCGGAUAUCAUGAGAAAGAGUGCUAAAUUCGGCAGUGCCGUCAACCCCACCAUGGAUUCGGAUGAAAGCGAAAGCAGUAAUGAAUGAGUAUAAAAACCAACAUGAAUCAUAACCCCUUAAGCAGUUCUGCACUUUUUUGUGUCAAAUGUCGUUUA